AUGACGAAAAUUUCGAAAAGACUAAGCAACGCUCCCUCAAUUCAAGUUGUUCGUGUUAUUAACCCAUCGAAAUUUGCAAGCAAGUUGCAAGAUCAUAUCGAUACUCCCAUUCGAUCAUCUGUCGACAGUUGGCUAAGUAGUGUACCAAAUGAAAAACCAAAAAAAGUUUCACAAAACCCAAAGAAGAUCGUAACAAAACCAUCUCAAAUCAAAUCUGUUCCUGAUAAACCGCUUUACACUCGAUGUCAUAUAGCGAUCUGUGUAGCAGUGUUCGCCGUUCUGUUCAUUUGUGGAAUAGUUGGCAUCAUCCUAGCAAUCAAACUACAACCAUCAUCCGAAUCAGGCAGUUCAAAACAAUUUUCAACAAGGAAAGAUUGGAUUGUUGAACCUGUGAAAGUCAUACCCAUUGAUGAUGGCCAAUGGCAUCAUCGAUACAAAUUCAUUUCAUAUAUGAUCUAUCGACAAAAUGAAAAUUCCUCGUUAUCAUUUAUUCUCGAUCUGAAAUUAAAUGAACAUUUUAAUCCGCAUAUUCCAAUCGAAUACGAUCGAAUUCCAAUCAAGAGUGGCUUAACAGAAUGUUUGUUCUAUACUGGUUCAGUGCGCCAUUGGGAAAAGUCUAAGUCAAUGGUUGCAAUAUCUACAUGCCCUAACCUAGCUGGAUUAAUUUACAAUAUUCAAGAUGGAAUCAACUACUUCUUAGAACCCGUUAUUAAUAGUGAUAAUGAAAAUGGACAGUCGUAUAUUCUUGCAUACCAAAGAAAAAUUCUUUCAAAUCCAAACCAUCUCUGGACAUGUCAAGUAAAUUCUUCCUCGACGCUGAAUUAUUCACAGUCAUCUACUGAUCGAAAACGUCGUUCAGUGAUUCGCGAACGGUUUAUCGAAACCUUACUUGUUGCUGAUGCAAGUGUCACAGAAUUCUUUUCACAUCCACAAAUUACUGAAUUGUAUCUGUUGACUAUGAUGAAUAUGGUUAACACCAUCUACUCACACGUCAGUCUCGGUUAUCCAGUGGAAAUCGUUCUUACACGAAUUGUAAUGCUAACAAAUCAAUCGGAUUUUCAAAUGGCAUCGAAAUCACAUGAAACAUUGAAUAGCUUCUGCGAAUGGCAAGAACGAUUGAAAAAGACAAAGGAGAAAAAUCGGACGAUCAAUCAUGACGUGGCAGUUUUCCUAACCAGGAAAUCUCUUUGCCAUAAGAAUUCCCCCUGUUCGACUAUUGGUCUUGCACAUACGGCUGGUAUGUGUGUAGCCAAUCGAAGUUGUAAUAUCAAUCAAGAUCUUGGUCUGAUUUCAGCGUUUACCAUAGCGCAUGAGAUUGGGCAUAAUCUGGGUAUGAGCCAUGAUGGUGAUAAAGGUCAUUGUCGAGUAGACGACGGUCUACCAAAUAGUGAUACUAUCAUGGUACCAAGUUAUUCCACAGCACCAGUGAGAAUGUGGUCAAUAUGUAGUCGUGAUAAUCUGACAGAAUUCUUCGAUCAAGGCUCAGGUGAAUGUCUCAAUAAUAAACCCAUCGUCAGUCAACCAUUUGAUGAUAUAUUGCCUGGUGUCAUCUUCGAUCUUGAUGAACAAUGUCGUUUAGCAUUAGGUCAACACUCAACUUAUUGUUUUCUUGGUGAUGAGCCAACUAUUGAUGUAUGCCAUCAAAUGAUGUGUACUAAAAUGCAUGAGGGACGAUCUGUAUGCGUAUCAACUAUGACAAAUCAACCAGCUGACGGAACUCUGUGUGGUUCAAAUAAAUGGUGUUUACACGGCAGAUGUACUCCAAUACAUUACCGUGCUGAAACUCCACCGAUUAAUGGUGGCUGGAGCCCAUGGACACCUUGGAGCUCUUGUUCACAUACGUGUGGAAUAGGUGUGGAAUAUCAACAACGAACAUGUACAAAUCCGAAGCCAGAUCUUGGCGGCAAACAUUGCCUAGGCGCACGAAAAAGAUUUCGAACAUGUACUCUUGCAUCCUGUAAAAAACGACCAAAUGACAACAAUAAGCAUGAAUCUCACUUAAACUGCGAAGAACUAAACUCGAAAUCCAAUGGAACUAAAUGGAAAACUGUUUCAUGGUUUAGUUCCUUACGAUGUAUGGUAUUUUGUACACCAAUACACUCGUCAUUGUCUUUGAAUAAUGCUACGACUUCAAGCAAUUCGAACAUUACCUUAACAGAUGACGAAGUCGGCAAAAUCGAAUCGAUCAAGUUUCGCGAUGGUACGCCAUGCACAAUUGAAAAUUCAGAUGAUAGUUUCAUUACAUACAAUGGAAUAUGCAUCACUGGACAAUGUCAAAAAUUAGGUUGCGAUAAUCAGUUGUACUCCAAAGCUGUGGAAGAUGAAUGUGGAAUAUGUAAUGGCAACCGUAGUCAUUGUCAUAAAAUAACCAAGACGAUAUCAUUUAAAAGGAAUCAAACUGUUUCACUAGGAUCUUAUAUUAAAAUUGGCAAUAUCAGCAAGGAUAUAAGUACAUUUCAAGUAGAGAAACCAUUUCAGUCAAAUAGUUUUUUGGCAGUUAAAAUAAAAGAUCGAUACUAUCUCAAUGGAAACCAUUCGAUCAUAGGCCAUAAAAACUUUCAAAUCGGCCAAACUCGAAUUUGGUAUGAACGUGCAUCGAAGAAAGAAAUACUUGAAGGUCGUGGAUCACCACUAACUGAACACGUGGAUAUUAUGCUUUUAAUUCUCACCAAUGACGUUGUGAACAUUAAAUUCACUUAUUGGGAAUUGGUGAACUAUACGCUGACAAACAAGGUCAAUGCUCUUCAUAAAUAUUAUAUUUGGACGUUCGAAAUUGAAACAUAUGAUGAAUGUUCGUGUACGACACGUCAACCAGAAUGUGUUUUUAAAUCACAGCAGAAUGAACUGAUUGUGGUUUCAGAUCAAUUAUGCGAUGCAAAAUUGAAACCUACACCGAUAAAAUGUCGAACUACGAACUGUUCGACAGCAAUGUCUUCCGCUCCACGUUGGCAAGUGGGAGCAUGGGGUCUGUGUGAAGGACGUUGUUGGCCUCAAGAAGCUAUACAACGACGGAGUCUUCUAUGUGUACGAACGAUACCGAACAAUAAAACACACACAAUACCUACAAGUAUAUGUCUCCAUUGGCUGUCAUCGAUUCCUCAAACGAUAAGAGAAUGUCCUCAAAAUAUGUCAUCAGCAAUACCGAAGUGUAGUUCGUUGAAACUGUAUCAUCGGUGGGAUGUUAGCGAAUGGACUAAGAACUGUUCCUCGAAAAAUCCAUGUGCAAUGCAACAUCGUCUUGUAACAUGUGUUGCACCUGAUAUCAAUGCAAUUUGUACAGCAGAUGAAAAAUUAAAACCACCUAAUCGACGACCAUGUAGCGCUCUAUGUGGUCAAUGGACUGUUUCACAUUGGUCAGAAAAUUGUACAGGAACAUGUAGCAAUGCAACAGUAACACGACGAGUGUCAUGUUCUUCAUCCAUCUGCAACCAAAACGAACGACCAUUAUCAACACGUCGUUGUAUACCAUCGUAUUGUACAAAUGAAUCAAUUCAUAAACAAAUAAACAUCACAACGACAAUUCAAUCUACUACUGUAUCAAUACAAAAGAAGUUGCCAAAGAUCACAACUAAACAUGUGGAAAAGACAAGUACGCCGACUACGAAAUCUCGAGUACAGAAACCGAUUACUACCACGCCCAAACCGCUUCCUGUAACAAAAGUAAUCCGUACACAACCAACAACUACAAAGAAAAAGACUACAUCAGCAACAAAAAUAACUACAAUUAUCACGAAAAAACUUGUUACGACGACAAGUCGUAAAACAACCAAUAAGAAAACUCGUGGCCGUAAUAGUUGA